AUGGAAACUACAUGUACCUUAACUGAACUGGUGGAGACGGAUCCCCGGUACAGAAAGCUGAAAGAGAAGCUCAGCUGCUACCAGAAGGGAUCUGAUGAGUAUUUGGCAGCUUUUGUGGAUGGGCUCCCUCUUACGCAAUACCCUACGUAUGGAACUUUUUUGAAGAAACAGGGUGUAGCGGUUCCCGGAUCGCAAGAGGAUGGCUAUAGUCCGAUCUUCAGAAACGCACUUUCGCCAGAUAAGCUGAUAUCCUGUGUCGACGAGAGGCUUGCCACUCUGUAUGACCAUUUCAUGUUUUCGGUAAGGAGAUGGCCGAAGAACGAUUGUUUAGGGUACAGGCCCUUUGACAGUGCGACAGGAAAAUUCCUGGAUUAUUAUCACUUUCUCUCCUUCGAAGAGGUCGAGAGAAGAAGCCGUCACAUCGGCGGUGGUAUCAUGUCAUUGGUCAAUGUGAAAAGGAAGAAGCCUUUGAAUUGCAACGAUUUUAUGGUAGCGAUUCUCUCCUACAAUCGAGUUGAGUGGAUGCUAGUGGAUCUGGCUUGCCAGAUGUAUUCAUUGGCAGAUACUGCUCUAUAUGAAACCCUGGGAGCGGAAACAUCGCACUAUAUCAUGAAUUUAACUGAAGCACCUGUCUUGCUAUUCGCACAGGUCAACAUGAGAAAAGUUAUUGAUCUGUUGCCUCGACUUGAGCAUGUGAAUACAUUGAUCUGUCUGGAGGAUCUCGACGACAGCGAGCUGCGUUUAUUCAGUGAAGCUCUGCUCCCGUUGUCCACUAACUCAAAAGGUGAGACGAUUUCCUUGUUUUCAUUAAGGCAAGUGGAAAGGAUCGGCAUGCUCAAUGAAUUGCCCGUAAUCCCACCAACUCCGGAUUCGCUGUACACUGUGUCAUUCACGUCAGGUACAACAGGCAUGCCCAAAGGCGUUGAGAUGACUCAUGGAAAUGCAGCAGCAGGUAUAGCAUUCACAUUCUCCGCCAUGACUGCGUCACUAGCAAAAAAAAACAAACAACUCCAUAACAUGUGUUUUCUGCCACUAGCCCACAUCUUUCAAAGGAUGUUAGUUUCUUUUUCGCUAUCAGUUGGUAUGGGCCUAGGCUUUCUGCACGCGCCCGACCCUUCUGUAUUGGUUGAAGACAUGAAGAUCUUGAAGCCAGAUAUUGUUGCCCUGGUGCCCCGAAUCCUAACAAGAAUGGAAGCGGGUAUCAAAAACUCCCUCGAACAGUCGUGCGCGACAAAAGCCGUUGCUGACAGCAUAUUGAGCUCAAAGAAAGCGCGAUUGCUGGCCCAUAAUGGACAGGACGAUUCCUUAAUGAAUCACUUAGUGUACCAGAAACUGCUUAUCAAUAAGAUUCGGGACUCGCUAGGCUUAAGUAAUGGAUCGUACCUCAUCACUGGUUCUGCUCCCAUAUCUCCGGCGACUUUGGUUUUUUUGAGAACAGCGCUAGACAUUGGUAUGAGACAAGGAUACGGACUAACCGAAACAUUUGCUGGCAUUUGCAUGAGCGAGGCGUACGAAAAGGAUCCCGGCUCAUGCGGCGCAAUAGGUUGUGCCGCAGAAUGCAGACUGAAAUCUGUGCCUGAGAUGGGAUACGACGCUGCAGAUCUAAAAGGUGAACUACAAUUGCGGGGCCCCCAAGUCUUUAGCAGUUAUUACUUAAGACCCGACGAAACAGCAGCCGUGCUAGACGAAAAAAUGUGGUACUCAACUGGAGAUAUAGCUUCGCUUGAUAACAAGGGACGCCUGCGUGUCAUUGAUCGAGUCAAAAAUUUCUUCAAGUUAUCUCAGGGAGAAUACAUUGCGCCUGAAAAGAUCGAGAACGUUUACCUAUCUUCAUGCCCAUUGAUCACGCAAGCAUUUGUUUAUGGUGAUUCUUUCAAAUCAUAUCUUGUGGGCGUCAUUGGCGUCGACCUGGACUCCGUGAGGAAAGCGCUGUCCGCCAAAUACCCCGCAAUGAAAGAUCUGCCAGCUGGUCAAGUCAUUGAAUCCUUGAAUAUCAACAAAGAUCUGAAGAGGCAUUUCCUGUUCAUUCUCAAUAGAUACACAAAGAAUUUGCAAGGAUUUGAAAAGCUUCACAACGUCUACGUUGGGUUGGAGCCCCUGAAAUUAGAAGACGAAGUCAUCACGCCGACACUAAAGAUCAAACGUGCCAACGCAUCAAAACAUUUCAAGCCCAUACUCAAUGGCUUAUACGAUGAAGGAUCUCUCAUCAAUGGCGCGAAGCUUUGA